CCUUGAACACGCGCAAAACGAAGACAAAUACCAAACACGCCAAACCGAGUCGUCCUGUUGCCAAUGCGAGGCGCCAAGUCGACGAUGCGGGUGAAAGGUCGAGCAGUGAUGUUUGCUGGAAUGUUGUUGCAGGUGCACUUCACGACAUUUGAUGGGCACGGACGCGACGCGCUCGACUCUCAGCCCUACGCAUGUCUCGAUGCUUGUCUCUAGCCGGCCAUUACACUGCCCUGCCAAUUGCGCACCGUAGCAAAGCCUGCCUCACGCGCAUUCUCCACCACGGCAACCAUGGCGUCGCAAGAAGCCAAGCUGCUCAGCGACUUCCUUCUCACGCCCGCAUCACUGCGCGACUUCAUGACGCCGCGCCAGUUCGCCGACAUCUUUCCCCAAGCCCACCGCGCGAACCCGGCCGUGCAGGACUUGUAUCGCGAGCUACAUCGGCUGCGCGACAAGGAUGUGGACCUAGUGCGUCACGCCAUCGCCCACGAAGUCAAGCGGUCGAAGCAACUGCGGCGCGAGUAUGCCAAGGAACGGCGCCGAGCUGACGACGCGACCGUCGCCGGGCUGGACUCGGUCGCGCUUCAGAUGGAGGAAGAGUUCUCAGGCGAUAGUCGCAAAACCCCGCACUCGCUGCACACUGUUCACUCCAGCAUUGACGAGGCCUGCACGACCCUCGAGGCUCAGAUUGCAGAUAUGGAGCAGGAGAACCAAACAGCCCUGUCCGAGGUGCAGGAGGCUGUUGGCGCGCUCAGUGACUUGCGCCAUGGCCGCUUUGCGCAGUCGGCUGGUGGUGAAGACAUUGGGCAGGAAGUACUGGCUACGCUAAAGAGGCUCGAAGCCGUCUGUACAAACACGGCUGAAUGAGCGGCGUAGAAAACCAUGUCUGCACCAAGAGACUUGAAGCCGUCUCUACCAAUCCAGCAGGAUACACUGUCCGUGACGCGGGCGGCGCUUAGAUCGUCGUCUCACUACCUGCAUCACCAACCACCUUUCCUUCGGAUACACAGGAAGGGAUGCGACAUCGGACAGCAACCAAUCUGCAUCCGAGAGACGGAACCCAGUAUGCAUUACAUCGAUGAUGCGAUAUCCAUACGAAACUGUGUACCUAGAG